AUGGACGCGGUGCUCUGGGCAGGCUUGUCCGAAACGCUUCUCACGCCACCGCUCUCUCCGCAGCUAGCCAUGGAGCAGGAGGUGGAUGGGAUGCUGCGGCACUUGACGGAUGCCAUGGAGAGCGGCGGGUUGCCCGCACUGGCCAGGGAGGUGCGGGAGAUGCGGGAGAAAGUCAGGGACGUGACGGCGCAGGUGGCGGUGACCGGGCCGCCCGGCGUCGGCAAGACCACCUUCAUUACCACGGCACUGCGACUGUCGGCGGAGGCGGCCGCCACUCUGCAGCAGGCGCCCAAGCCCGCGUCCUGCGCGCAGCCCGGCCAGCCCCGAGCCGUCUUCUGGGAGCUGCCCGCUAUCGACGAGGCGUCGUUCUGCGCCGACGCCUACCUGCGGCAGGUGGACGCCGGCCAGUACACCGGCUUCCUCAUCCUCUCCUGCGCGGAGUUCAGCCGGGAGAUCCUGCGCCUGGCCUCCGAGCUGCGGAGCAUGGGCAAACCCUUCUGCCUGAUCCGCUCCAAGAUUGACCUGCGACGGCGUUGCUACAGGAAGAGGCAGUUCGCGGAUGAGGUGCUGUGCGCCCUGCGGAGGGAGCCGCUGCCCCACCUGGACCUGGAGUAUGCCGUCGGCCGCCUCUUCCACGUGGAUUGCAGGGACUCCGAGGACUUCGACUUCAAGCCGUGCGUGCAGGCGCUGCAGGACGCGUCGCCGUCCGCCCUACUGAGGCACUGCCUCCUCGUCUCUCUCAGUUACCUCUCCAACAAGUUCCAGCUGAAGACCUCCCUCAAGCAGCUCACCCCGAUCUGGGCCAUCCACAGCCUCGUGGUGGACCCAGUGGGCUCGGCCGGCCUGCCCUACCCGGUGAACGCGCGUUUCCUCGUGGACGAGAUCUACCUCUACCGCCUGAUCCUGGGCAUCGACUUCCAGACGCUGCGGCUGCAAGCCCAGCGGCUGCGGCUGCCCGCCUUCGUGCUGUCGGACGAGCUGUGUGCCGGUCUGCCCUGCGCGCUCAGCGAGGUGGACGUCGUGGCCGAGCUGAACAAGUGGACUUCCCUGAAGGUUCCCGUCGCCAACAGUAAACUCAAGUGGGUGCCGCUGCUUCGGCAGCUGCCCGGCGGCCUGCUCUCCGGUGCCGCCGUCAUCCGCCUGCUGGAUUUCAUGGUGACCCAGUACAUGAUCGAUGUCUACAGGAUCGAGAGCAAGAUCGCGGCCGUACUGAGGGGGGAUUGA